AUAAAAAUAAAAAUAAAAAUCCCUUUUUACUUAAUAUAUCAACCGAAAUUAUUAAAGCAAAGACUAUGAUUAAAUACCAUAAUUUAAUAUUCUCAACAAAUAUAUAGACUUAUUAAACUCCCACUUUAUUAAUAAAAAAUCCCUUAAAAAAAAUUACUCGUAAUUCAACACGUAGACCGCGUCUAUUUAUUUAGACCACUUAAAAAAUUCCACCUCAAAAAAAAGCCGUUAUAUAAAUACCCUAAAAAUAACCAAAAACUAACAGACUCUUCCCCCUAUUUUCUCUCUCCUCUUAACACUCUGUUUUUCUGAAUAACAAUGGGUCGUCCUCAAAAAAUGAAAAACUUAGUCGGAAUUUUCAAAGACAAAGUUUCUCUUAUCAAAGCCACCCUUUUAUUUUCCUCUAAACCAACCACUUCCUUUCAUAUUGCGGUCUUACGCGCCACCACGCACCGCCACCCUUCCGACCCGCCCCCGCUCGACGCGGUUUUAUCUUUGGUUAAUCAUUACCGCCCUUCUACCUCCGGUGUUUUAAUACACGCGCUACUGCAACGUCUUCAUGGGACCACCAGUGUCUACGUGGCACUCAAGUGCUUGCUCACGCUCCACCACGUCAUCAUUCAUGGUUCCCCUGCUUUGAAGGAGGAGAUCUUGGGUUAUUCUACUGGACCGUUGUUGAAUUUGUCGGGGUUUAAGGAUGAUUCCGGGGGUGACACGUGGGAGUUGUCGGAGUGGGUGAGGUGGUAUGGUGACGUCAUUGAUCACGGUGUCGGGUUGUCGCGGCGGAAGAACAGGGGAGGAGGAGAGAGAUUAGGGUUGUUGAUUAAUAUGGUUGAGGUGAUUUGUGGGGCCCCUGAAAGUCUCCAUUAUCAAAGAAUAAGUUUGAUUUAUGAAGUAAUUAAGCUUGUUGGAGAAGAUUAUCGGAUGAUUAUGAGAGAGAUUAAUGCUUUAAUCAAUCAAUUUGGGAAGAAAAGAAUUCAAGAUUUGAGCAAUGAUUCAAUUGGGGAAUUGUUAAAUGAUUUAAAAAGACUCCAAAAUUGCCGGGAAAAAUUGGUUUUAAUGUUCUUGAAUAAGAAGAAUGAUGGGGUUUGGGAAUUGAUUGAGGAAGUGAGGAAAGAUGUUGAGGAGGUUAAGGAGAGGAGAGAGAAUAUGAAAUUGUUGAAAUUAGAAAGGAGUGAGUCGACUCGGGUGGCGGAGAACCGAGUUGGUGAGUUGAUAUCGGUUUCGGUCGUGCCACCGCGGCGGAAUAGACGGUGGUUGGAUGUUGAAUGGAAUACAAUGGUUGCUUCUUAUGGUUGAGUUUUGGUUAGUAUUGUCAAGGUUGGUUUCUCAAGUGUGAAUUUGGAGAUUGGUAGUUAGGUCAUUUUUUGGAAUAUAAAAUGUGUAUAUUUCUCAUAUUUUUUGAUGUACAAAAACACAGAAACAUUCCUUUGGUUUUUUUAAUUACUUAGCAAAUAAGGAAAAUAAUUAGGAAUAAGUCAAUAAUAAGAGAAGAAACUGUUGUUCAAGUCAGUGUCUUUUUUGUGAUUAUUUCCUGAUAUGUGUCAAUGUGUGAAUGGAUAUAAUGUGUUUUCUAAUAAACUUGUGUUAUCUUUGAUUUGCUUCUUA